CUUGCUCACCCAAUUGGCGUCCUGAGGAGCGAGGUGAAUACCUCGAGAACCACGCCCACCUCGCCGCCGCUGAUUGGACGCUGGAAUCGCCGCCGUGUCAUUUAAGGAGCAGGUGGAGCGGGAAGGCGACGCGCGAGAAGGUAGAGGUCAGCAAGAUACGGGACGGCCUGUCCGCGAGCUCGCAAGAAGUCGCACUGCACUCCUCGAGCACUUUCGACACCGCGCGGCACCCCUGCUCACGAGAAGAAUACACUAGCAGGUCGAUAUAUCCAGGCGAGUCCCAGCCGAGGACGAUGAGGAGCUGUGCGGUGCUGGCGAUGCUGUCUCUCAUGCUGGCUUUCAGGUCGUGUCAGUCGAGCUGCGAGGAGCCGGACGAGCCGCUGGGCGCCGAGAUCAAGGACAGCCCGAACCCGAACACCCUCCCCCGCGGGUUCCUGAAGAGGUUCUAUGACGGCUUCAACUAUGACGGCUUCGUGGGGCUCAUGGGCAGGAGAAGCACAGGAAUGAACGAGUUGUCGCCACAGAAAAGGGAUAUGCACGAUUUCUUCGUGGGACUGAUGGGCCGGAGGAACACGGAAGCCGGGAUGCGCAGCCCAUUGAAACGGGAGUCCUACCCCGAGUCCAGAGGAAGUCUUCUCCCUAACAAGUGCAAAAUGAGGUUCCGUCGAGGCGCGUAGCCCAGCGGGACCCCGGACCCUCCUCCUCCUCGGACCGCGUCCCCGCCGCGGGCCUGCCGCACCGUUUCCGGGAACUUGAAAUCUUAUUUUCUAUAAAGAGCUUCUGAUUCUGAGCAGAAAUAAUAAUAAUAAAAAAAAUAAGAGACUGGUUUUGGAAUUUACCAGAAACGUCACUCUGUUCCAUGUUACUCAAUGUUGUGAAACUGUGCCGCUGUAGCUGUAUACAAUAUGUACAUAUAUAGAUCUACUUAAAAACUAUUUCCCUCCCCUCACAUGAACUGUCAUUAUUGAUUGGUGUAUAUCGUUUUUUUUUGUAGAGUUCACUAAUUUUUGUAAAUAAAAGUGAGUUAUUUGAUUUCG